CAGUGCACGACCCGCCUUGUCCUCUUAAGCACCGGACGCCCCCAGCUUCAUACACUAUUCUCAUCCAGUCAACUGCAUCUCCUCUCCAGCUUCAGCCCGCUUCAAUCACCUUACCCAACUUCCAACAACUCCCCCACACAUCAACAUGACUGGACGCGGCAAAGGUGGCAAGGGUCUCGGCAAGGGCGGAGCCAAGCGUCACCGCAAGAUCUUGCGUGACAACAUCCAGGGUAUUACCAAGCCCGCUAUCCGCCGUCUCGCACGUCGUGGUGGUGUCAAGCGUAUCUCAGCCAUGAUCUACGAGGAGACCCGUGGUGUUCUGAAGACUUUCCUUGAGGGUGUGAUUCGUGAUGCUGUCACAUACACUGAGCACGCCAAGCGCAAGACUGUCACUUCUCUCGACGUUGUUUAUGCCCUUAAGCGUCAAGGCCGCACCCUUUACGGUUUCGGUGGUUAAGCGCAUUUCUUUCACGGUUUUCAUAUCACGACUUCUGCCGGCCUCAUCGGUCCUCGGUCGGUUUCGGUGCUUGGGUGGAUGGUCACAAUGCCUUGUAUAGUAGGCUACGGAGUUUACGGUCACAUCAGUGGGAUUGAGUGCUUUUACAUGGAAUGAUACCAUAAUUCUUCACA